GUGGCGGAAUGAGAAGGUUAGCGUGAAUUCACUGGAAUCACAGCUUCAUCAUGCUUGCGAUUGUAACGCUAUACUUGGUGAUAGUUUUGCUGUUUCUGCUGCUCUUUCCAACACAAAGGGCUAAAAACUUCCCUCCAGGCCCCCGACCCAUCCCAGUGCUGGGAAACCUGCUGGAGCUCAGCCUAGAGAGUCCUCUUGCAGACCUGGACAGGUUGGCCAAACGCUAUGGGAACGUCUACAGCCUGUUCAUGGGUCCCAGGCCUGCGGUCGUCAUUAACGGGCUGCAGGCCUUAAAGGAAGCUCUGGUUGACAAAAGUGCCGACUUCUCAGGCCGACCACAAGAUCUGAUGGUUAAUCGAGCUGUCCAGGUGAAAGCUCACGCUCCAGGAGUGAUUCUAGCAGAUAACACUCCUGGCUGGAGAGACCAUCGCCGCUUUGGUCUGAUGACACUGAGAGACCUCGGUCUGGGGAAACACACCAUGGAGCAAAGGAUUCUGGGAGAGAUAGAGUGUGUUACUAAGAUUCUGGAGGAGAGAGCUGGUAAAGCCACGGAUCCUCAACUGCUGUUCCACAAUGCAGCCUCCAACAUCAUGUGCCAAAUUCUGUUUGCUAAGAAGUUCGAUUAUGACGACGAGUUCAUGAAGUUUUCUGUUGGCUUAAUGCACGAAACCUCCAAAAUAAUCAACGGCCGCUGGGGUAUGAUUUAUGACUUUAUUCCCAUUGUGCGCAACCUGCCGCUGCCUUUUAGGAGAGCCUUCGAGUUGUUUAAGAUGUCACAUGACAAACGUAUGGAGAUGUUGGCUGAGAACAAAAAGACCAGAGUUCCUGGUAAACCGAGGCAUUUCAUAGACUGCUACCUGGAUGAACUGGAUAAGAGAGGAAACGAUGACUCAUCGUUCUCUGAAGACCAGCUCUGUGCUUUGCUUUUGGAUCUCCACUUUGCUGGAACCGACACAACCGCCAACACCGUGCUGACUGCCUUCCUCUAUCUGAUGAACUAUCCAGAGGCGCAGGAGCGUUGUCAACAGGAAAUAGACAAAGUUCUGGAUGGGAAGGAUCAAGCCAGCUUUGAAGACAGGCACCAGAUGCCCUACAUGCAGGCUGUUAUUCAUGAGAUCCAGAGGUUGGCUGAUACUGUUCCACUCGCUGUUUUUCACAGAACCUCCAAAGACACAGAGUUAAUGGGACACUCCAUACCCAGGGGAACCAUUAUCAUCCCCAACUUGUCGUCAGUGAUGUUUGAGGAGGGACAGUGGAAAUCGCCUCGUGAAUUCAACCCUGAAAACUUCCUCAACGAUCAGGGAGAGUUUGUUAAACCAGAUGCCUUCCUGCCUUUCUCUGCAGGUCCUCGGAAGUGUCUCGGAGAGGCUUUGGCUCGUAUGGAGCUCUUCCUCUUUGUGGUGACUCUGCUGAGGAAGUUUAAGUUCAUCUGGCCUGAAGAUGCAGGAGAACCAGACUACACUCCAGUCUUUGGGUCGACCCAAACCCCCAAACCGUAUCGCAUGAAGGUCCAGCUCAGAGGAUAAGCUACGAUGCCGCAAUUCCUAGACAAAGGUUAUUCUGCUAAUAAAGCAAACAAUGCAUUUCCACUUGA